UUUCCAUGAUUGCAGCGGUUUGGAUCUUUUUUUCCACUUCAUACCUUUAACAGCGACUUAAAAGCUGCUUUGUUAUGGUGUUCAGCUACUCGAAAUAAAAGAGUUCCUACAAACAUCUCUUCCUUUACUCGUCGACAUGAAGUGUCUGAAAGUGGAUGACUACAUCAAGCGGACAAGUUCUGUGAAAGAGACCGUGCUUUUACAUCAAGAGCUAGAGAACUAUGUGAAGAGUCGACCAGGGCUCCAAGGUCGCACAUUGUGUGACAGAGUCAUCAGGGCUUGUAAUCACCAGCUGGGAGUUGAUCCCCCAGACUUUACCCAUAUCACUGAGUUGGUAAAGUUGGUCGAGGUUGCUCUUAAUGGCUAUGACAUCGCUGCAGCAAAUGUUCCUCAAAGCAGUCCACUUUACAUGGAAAAGAUAAUUUUCCAUAUUGUCAAGAAGCUGAGUGCACUUGAAAUGCACAGUCUAUGCAGCCAUGUGACUGAAUUGCUUCACAACAGGCUUACUCAAGCGCAAAAGGCUGAGGACUACUGUGUUCUAGCACGGAGCUGCUUCUCUGUACUCUGGAAUGGUCUCACUGGCGUUAAAGACAAGAUGGUCUUAAAUCCACGGGACAAGCUUCACUGCCAGAUGCAAGCUCUGAGUUUCCUUUUGCUAUUGGACACAGGAAGUGCAACACCCUCAAACUCUAAAACUCCUAUUUACACACAGGAUGCUGUUGUUGAAUUUGAGAGUAGCUGUGGAGAGGUGACCAAGGAGGACUCUUUAUUUCUUCUCCAGGAAUUUCGCACACUUUACCAAAGAUGUUGGACUGAUGAAUGGGCCUUGCAAAGGGACAAGGACCAGCAGUCUGCUGAGACAUUAAGUUUACCUACGCUUUGUGAGAUGGUGUUAAUAAUAGUAAAGGUGUUUUGUAAGGCCAGCCACUAUGACCUGGCCUCCACCCUACUGGAUGAAAUUGAGCGAAAUGUCAAAGACUUUGCUGACCAUAACUGUACAGCUUUGGCGCUCGGCAAAUGGGCCGUAAAAAUCCAUUCUGCUCUCAAGUCUGGGCAGGACAGUGGCCAGGCUUUGACAGAAUGUGCCAGGACAUUGAGAUCCCUUUCAGCUGAUAUAGGGGUCCUAGAAGCUCAUGCAGUUCUAGAGGCGUGCGCACUGGUAGUGUGGGCUGUUGAAAAUGGCAACACCAAAGCAUUAAGCGGACCUGUACUCCUGACCUGGUUUUCUUUUCUUGACGAAUACCAAGAACAAAUAUCUGGAAGACUAAAGAAGAAUUCAAUCUGCCAAGCUGAAAGCAGUAGACUGCAACAAGUCCUUUGCUUCAGUAUUUACCAAGGGUUUGUGUUUGCUUAUGAAAGCAUGCGUGCAUCACAGCUGGAGGACAGUGACACAUUAGACAGAGUGUUGCUGUACUGUCAGUCAACAGCAGGACAGGUGAUGACUGAACUACACCAAUUGUCCAGUGAAAACCUUCUCAUCAAAGCAGUGAUUGCUGUUAGUAACUUAGCUUGCGGACUGUACAACCGACGUCUCUAUGACCAGGCCUUCAAGCUAGUUGAAAUUAUUUGCAAGGAUCUUUACAAGAAUUGCCCUGCAUCACUCCCUGUUGAUAGAUUGAUUCGUCCCUUCAUGCUGGCUGUACAGACGUCUCGUCGUGCUGGACAGCUGGAACGAGCUCUAGACUGGGUCAUCCUGUGGCUGAAGGCUCUUGGGGACAAAAUCACCAGUCAUAUGGCCGAACCAGUCUCUCUGUGGGUGAAAACAAAGGUUGAUGCAGCCCGUAACUCUGAGGAGGACAUCAGAUUGAGAACAUUACGUGAUGGUUUUGGUCCAGACGUCCCUGAUGAGGGAGUGAUGCUUUGCCUUUUGGAUGAGGAGCUACGUGCCUAUAAGGAGGUAGCAGCAGACACGGCCCAGGAGCGUUACAACACCCUUUGUGACCUGCUGGACAUCUGCCAUGAGGAGAGCUCUCAUACCCAUCAGCGUGCUGUCUACCUCUGUGAAAUGGCCCAAGUUGUCUGUUUCCAGGAUUUCAGUGAGCAGACUGACUGCACGGCAGUUGAUUUUAUACAUGAAUCCCUGCGACUGUUGGAAGAGGAACCAAAGACUCAAGAGAAUGCUGACAGACUGAGGGAUGAUAAGGCCCACGCUUUACUGUGGCUCUACAUCUGCAGCCUUGAGAAGAAUCUUCAGGAGACCAUUACGAGGGAGAAAAAGCUCAAGGAUUUGCGUGAGCAGGCACCAUGUGUGGCCAAUUCCAUUGGGACUAAUGAUUUUGAAUAUGAAGAUAAGCAGAGAGAUCAGCACAAUUCACAGGUCUAUGACAGCUUGCAUCUCAACCUGGCAGCAGAGAAAAAUCUGUCCCAGCCUUUGGAAAGUGCACUUGAUGAGUGGUCCACUCUUCUGAAGGAUAAUGCCCUGCCAUCUGUCAGGAGCCCUAAACAGACCUGCAGCUCCAUUGCUAUGAUGGCCGCUCUCUUUAAACUAAUGGGAAAGCCUAUAAAGGCUUUGGAAGCUUACCAACUUGCUAUUGGAGUUGCACGUCACCUUGUCGAUGCUCAUAGUUGUGCCAGUUCCCUUUGUCAGUCAGCCAGCAUCCUCCUGGAUCUGGGCUCCCCUGAACUGGCUUUGGCACAGCUAGAGGAAGCAGAGAAGUUUGUUACUUCAGAUACCACUGCUGAGGGUCCUUCCUCUCUGUUUAUGCUGGUCACUCUGUUGAAAGCUCAGUAUUGCUGCACCACAGGGCAGAUGGAUCGUGGUGUGUCCUAUCUGUGUGAGGUUCUCAAAGAGGUGAAUGAGCAGAGACAGUCCAAAAGCUGGUACCUGCUACGAGCUCAAACUCUCCAGGUCUGUGGCUCCUAUCUGAGCCUGGACACAGCUACACUGCCACAAGCUCAGCGAAACCUCAUCAAACAGCAUGGUAUCAGUAGCCCAGACACUGCCUUGUAUGAAAGUCUGAAGCUUCUCGGCAGCCUCUUGGUGACUUUAGUGGGAAAGGGUCUUUAUGGGGCUACUGGUGGCAGCACAGAUGUGCGAUUCGUUGACCAGGGCGAUAACCUUAUGGUGAAGUGGCAGCUGCUCUCAGAGCUGUUAAACUGCUCUAUGAAGGUUGUUUCCAUGAGGAGCAGCUGUGGUGCCAUUUAUGAUGCCAGGCUCCAGUGUCUUGAAGCCAUCAAACUGGCCAUCAAGCUCCAAGCACUCAGCCAGUGUGCUGAAUUGUUGGUAGUGAAAGCGGAGUUGGAUCUGAUGCAGGGGCAGGAAGAGGAAAGUGGAUUUGAUUUAGACAAUGUCAAGAACCUCCUUGAACUUGGCACAGAUUUUUCUGACCAGAAGCAGAAGGCAGAUGUCAAAAUCAAACCCAGAAAAGGCCGCCCUGCGCAGAAACCUGAACCUCCUCUUCCUUCCCUAGAAGAUGAUUUUAAAGACAUCCUGAGCACCAGGUGGAUUUCCAAAGAACCUGUAGUGAGUGAUUUGUCCAGCUCCCCUCCUCUCAAAGCCAUGCCAUGCCGUUGGCUGUCCUCCCUUGCACAUGAGCCAGACUGCCAGUGCCCCUGCUGCUCUGAGCCCUGCCUGGGUCGUGUCACUGCUCGCUGGGCAGCAGCACGGGCUGAUCUGGCUCUCCAGCUGGAUCCGGCUGACGCCAAAAUCAGUUUGAAGCUUCACUGGACAGCUUUAGCCCGCUGUAAGAAUGUCACUGCCAAACUGGGAGCAAAAUUGGCAAAACUUUUCUCAGCCAAUGGUACUGACAAGGGUUCCACCAAGCCCUCCUUUAUGCACGACAUUGUGGGCCGUGUUUACCUUCACAUGGCCACGUCUGGGCUUGAUCCAAGCCUCAGUAAGGUCUGUAGUGUGUGGAAAAUACUGGAAGCUGGUUUAGCCUUUAUCGACUCUGUUCCCUCUCCUAUGCUAACAUCUGUGAGAGCAGGCCUGAUGGCAACCAAAGCCAUAGUGUCAUUGGUCACAUUAGCUGCAAAUAAGGAAUGCAUCCCAGAAGAGCUCUUCUCAGAUGUUUGGAUGUGGAAAGCACCAAAUGAAACUAAAGAGCUUAAACAAGGGCAGAAACAGGUCAAGAUAAAGGACACAAAGAAGCUCAGUGUUGUCAAGCCAAAGAUUAAAGUGACAGGCUCCUCAUCCAGAGGAAAAAGUCUGGUUCCCAUGACACCAGUGACUGCCAAAUCCUCUACUGGAGAGCUUGGCAUCUUUGACUUCAACACGGUAGUACCUACAUUGACCUGCACUCCUCUUCAAAAGGUGAAAACCACUGCCUUGACACAGAGAGCACCGAAGACUGCCUGUAAAUUACAGUUUCAUGUUUAUGAAGAAUUAUCGCCAGUUCAGCUCGUACCUGCAGCUCCUAAACGCCCAAAGAAGACACUUUUUAAGGUGGAAUUUAGUGAUGAGAGUGACACAGAGGCUAAUACCCAGGCAGAAAUCAAAGAAAAAGCUCAAGUCCCUAAAAAACGUACUACAACUAGAAAGGCUGCCAACAGUGGCAAAACAUCCGCUGAUCCACCUCCUGACAAAGCACCAACCAAGAAGCAGACUAGAGUUAAGAAGAGCACAGGACUUCCACAGACUACUUCUUCUGAGGACGAGCAGCCUAUUUCGGUGAGACGAGGACGAACCAGAGGGAUGAAGUCCAAGAUGGAGGUAGAAACCUUGGAGGAGCCAGACAAAAUGAGAGCCAUUGAAGAGGAACCCGAUGAAGUCCUGGACAUGAGCAUCGAACAGCUCAGGACAUCAGAUACUGAGACUGAAGACAAUAGUAGUUCAUGUAAAAGCACUGAUGUUGAUUUUGAGGUCUUGAGGAGGGAUAUGUGUUUUGAGUUGGAGAAAAACGAUUUGUCCAAGCUGAAGAGCAGAGGUCCAACAAGAGAAGGCCUGCAAACACACCUGCCUCAUGCAGACAGCAGGCCAGACAAUCUUUCUUUGGCAGACGUCCAAUCAUUGCUCCGCUCAGCCUGGUUGCACCUUCAGCAUAUUCCCUCCCCCACCAUCUUCCCGACCCUGUGUGCUCUUUUGAGUUUGACCUUAGGACAACAGGACCCUGUAACUACAGCGAUGCUCCAGGCUCAGUCCCUGGGAAUAUCAAGCCGUCAUCGGACAAUCAGGCAUUUAGCCAGCUGUCUCAAGAAGCUGAGAAAGACUUCCAGUGAGCUAACGGAGAAGAUGGAUGCUCUGACUCUUGAUGAGCUCACCGUGACCGAAUCCAAGACCUCCACUGAACAACGGCUAUCACAGUUGGAAAACAUCUUUUCUUUUCCAAUAGCUGACUUGUCUUUUUUCCCUCAGAGCCACUGCCAAGAGUUUAUGCAACAAAUCCAACACAUUCCUGCAGGGGUGACAGUGUGUUUACUGUCUGUGACUGGAGUCAAACCAAGGCAGACCGGAGACAGCAUCAUACUGACACGUCUUGAGAAGGACUCGGCUCCUGUCACUGUUCACAUCCCCACCUCCAGACAGCAGCACCCGAUAAGCUGGAUGUUGAAAGAGAUUGACAGUAUUAAAGUGGAACAGAAGGUUGUGAGCCGUGAAUCUGAAAAAGACAAGUGGUGGGAGGGUCGCAGAGCACUCGACGCUCGAGUUGAGCAACUGUUAAAGGAGAUGGAGACGGUGUUGAGAUGCUGGAAAAGCCUCUUGCUCCCCCUGUCGUCAGACCCUCAGCUCUCCAGCCAGGCCCACUCCCUCUACAAGGCUUUGUCCGCUAAGGGUGUGAGAAUCAGUGAAGAGAUGCUGAAGGCUGUUCUCUCUGCAUCUCCUGAGCUCUCUCCAGAAGACCUUAAAACAUUCGGCCUGGGUCUUUCUCCACAGUGGGAUGUGGAUUGUGAGCGGCUUCUGGAUACAGCUGUGUCCAGGUUUGCACGUGUAGAUGAGUCCCACGGCCAUGUUGUUCUCAUACUGGACAAGCACCUUCAGAAGUUGCCAUGGGAGAGCAUCUCUGUUUUAAAGUCUCAUUCUGUGAGCCGGAUGCCUUCUCUGCACUCUUUAAUUGGACUGAGCAUUCAGAAAGAGAAUGAUCCUCAGUCCCUCUUGAAGCAUGGUGUGGAUCUAAAAAAGGUGUUUUAUGUGCUGGACCCUGAUGGAAAUUUAGAAAACGCACAAGAUCAAUUCAGGGGGUGGUUCAGCAGUAAACCAGGCUGGGAAGGGGUGUGUGGAGUGGCUCCUUACCCUGGUCAACUGGCAGAAGCUGUGACGUCCAAGGAUUUGUACAUUUACAUUGGUCAUGGUGCAGGCUCACGCUUCUUAGAUGGCCAGUCAGUCCUGAGGCAACAGAUGAAAGCAGCUUCACUGCUGUUUGGCUGCAGCAGUGCUGCUCUGGCAGUGCGAGGAGAUCAGGAAGGACAAGGCAUUAUCCUCAACUACCUCAUAGCAGGCUGCCCCUUUAUUUUGGGAAACCUGUGGGAUGUGACUGAUCGGGAUAUUGAUCGUUUCACUACCUUGUUUGAGAGCUGGUUUUCCGCUGGGCACGGAGCCCCCCUCUUGGAAUAUAUGGGUCCAGCACGUCAAGCCACCCACCUGAAACACCUCAUUGGAGCUGCACCUGUGGUGUAUGGGUUACCGAUUCACCUGCAGUAGGAGGACUUGAGGUCACUCUCCAAAAAUAGGAUGUACAUAUUUGGUGUUUUAUGGUUUCAGCACAAAAAGCUGAGUAACUUGACUUUAGUUCUUAAGUUUGGGCAUUUUAUAGUAUUUCUUUAUUAAAUUAAACUGAAUUUUUUAAGGUAAUGUUACUACAGUGUGACUGAUUUUUAAAUACAUUUUAAGAUUUUAUUGAGUGUUUUAAUGCACUUUUACUGUAUUGAUUGAACAAUUUUGAAUAAAUGUC